GUGUUCCGCGAAGCGUGAUCGUGUGACGCUGCUGCUCGUUUUGCGCGUGUGUUGGUGACAUUAUUAGAGUGACAGACGGUGGACGGGCCGCGACAGGCCGCGAUGAGUUUGACAGCGGUGGCGACCGACGCUAACAAUAAGUGACGCAUCUCCGGCAAUCUCCGGCUGCGAAGAAGACGAAGCACGAGAGAGCGAUCGAUCGGCGAGAAAUGCGGUCGAGAAGAAUCUCGUAAUAUAAAUAACGCUUCACCAGGGAAUCGCGCGCGCUCGCUCGCUCGCCUUAUUAUGGCAGAAUGGAUGAACGCAAAUUGUUGCCGUUGCUGAUACUCUUCCUGACAAGAUGGCAGGAGACAGUGGCCGUGGUACCGGUACGGCAUGUCGCCGUGGACGUGGGUAGAGACCUGCAGCUGGAAUGUGCCGACGAGAGUGUCCUUUCGCAUCCCGAAGACUCGAAUGCGAGAGUGAUGUGGAUAAGAGAGGGCCGAGAGGAUGGACAAAUCGAGCGGCUGAAGGUUGAGCCAAAUGGUAUGCUAGAGCUGUUGAAUGUCAGCGUGGAUGAUGCUGGCAAUUACUCAUGCACUCUGGACGACGACCGCGAUGCUGUGAAAGCCAGAAUCAACGUGGAAGUCAGAACACCUCCUCCAGCCUUACAUAAUGUGUGGGUCAAGCCAUCCACGAUAUUGGCCAACAUUCUUUGGGAAGUGGCUGGUACUGGCGGUUAUCCUAUCAUAGAUUUCACUGCCGAAUAUCGUUUGAAACCAGCUGCAGGCGAGGAGCCGGAAGAAUGGAAGCCUAUUAUUCCAACACACAUUCCUCCAAAUUCUAGACAAAUAGACGUAUAUCAUUUGGUGCCAAACACUACGUAUUCAUUUCGAGUGUGGGCAACCAAUCAGUUGGGAAGAGGAGAGAUUGUGGAAGUCGAGGGCCAUACGCAUCACAGCGUAGAAGAAUUGGAACUCGCCCGACAUCUUUUAGCCGGCGUAGAGAAUUUCGAUACGCGUGUCUGGGUGGCAGCCGUAGGUAUUGUGAUGGGCACACUUAUGAUUCUUGGUUUAGGUACUUGUUACCUACUGUAUCGCGAGUGCAAGGCACCCUCGCAGCUGGAGGAGCAGGAGGUGAUUGAACUCGUGCCCAACAUUAUUCUAAAUCCGGGAUUUUUCGACGAGCGUACCGAGCACGUACCGCAGGAUGAGAACUUCAACAAUCAGACAACUACUCGCCUCAACAACAACAACGUUGUGCAACCUAGACGGCUUUAGCGUCGUUUUUCGUUUAGUUUAGACUCGCUCCGCUCUAAAGUAAGUAAAUUGGAUGCAGUUUUUCACGUCGUCGUUUCGAACGUAAGCAACCGAAUUUAUCGGAAAGGCCUCGAGUUUGUUAAAAAAAAGAAAAAAGAAAAAAAUAAUGAUCGAUGAAGUUGACACACUAAAAUGGAAGAUUAUUAUAUUAGCGAUUUAACGGCGAAAGGAGAAUACGCUUCGAGCAAAAUUUCGGGUCACUUCGAUAGCUUCGAGUGUCCCAUUAAUUUUCUCGACCUUUCCGUUACAAUCAGAGAUCGAAUGAAAAAAAGAUUAUUAUUCUAAAAGAUUUUUGUAGAAUUUUCGCAACGCGACUUUAAGAAUUCUUUUAAAAUAUCCGAAAAAUCCUUGUUAUUCUUGAAAGAUAAAGAAUGAAACUUUAAUAUUAUGAUUUCAGAUUUGUGUAAAAAUGAAAAAUUUAUUAUGUCGAAAUGAAAACAAUUGAAAAAAAAAAUUUUUGUUUGAUCUCUGAUGCUACGACGCGCAACAAUGAAGUGUUCAAAACCCAAAGUAAGACUUCACAUCAGAUUUCUUUGCGAGAAGAGAUAAUAGAUUUUUUGGAGAUGUUUACUACAGGACGUUCUCUGUCUUUCUAUCUCUCUCGCAUAUUUUCUCGACGAGACAAUGAUUGCUCAGAGUAAUCGAGCUUAAGAGAAGUGGAACUCCUGUGAGCCAAAAGAAUCGUAGUAAGACUGUAAUCCUCUAAGGAUAUAUAAUUUAAAAGAACUCGAAGAAUCACAAAUCAUAAUCGAUAUUGUCCAAAAGAAGAAAGAUAUAUUUUGCACUUGUUUUUUACUUUUUCAAAACUAACGCAAUGUGUGAAUAGUACACAUGGCGAGUAUUAAGAUUUUUUUAAAUGCUCAUUUAUCGCUUAAGCGAUCGAAUCGUAGAUAUGAUAUGUAUGAUAUGACGAACUUACUGCCGUUUUAAGGUGUGCACAAGUCGUUGAAAGUUCCUUCCUAGGAAUCUCCGUGAAAAAAUCUCCUCUUUUCAUCUCUUUUUUUUUGUUUUAUUUAUUAUAAAUAUAUAUGUAGAUAUAUAUCUCCCUUUUGUUUCUGUAAAUAUGUGCUCGUUAUGUACUCUUUGUGGAAAAAUCUCGAGAAUUGGAAGAAUAUAUGAAAGAAUAUUCGUUUUAAUAUUGUAGUAAUAAUAUAUACAUUGAGGUAUUGUUUAUAUAUUAGGUUUUAUCGAUAUUUUUUACAAUUAGUUUCGCAUGCGAUUAUUCGAGGAAUGCGAAUAAUAUUGCUUUGGCACAUCUUUGGCACAAAUUUGCCUCUGCACUUUAUAAUAACUACACUUUGAUAAUUACAAUUGUGACUCACUGACUCACACGUCUUUUGAUCUGCAAAAAUCAAAUUUUCCUAAACUGCGACUAAACAGAAAAAAAAGAAAAAAAAACGGACAAAUAACUGUACGAAUCAUAUGAGUCUCAAUAGAUAGAAUAAACCGUACGAGAGAAUAAUACACGGUGUUUCACUUUGAAAACAACACUUUUUGAUGACGAUGAGAUAUAUGUAAGGUUCUAGUUAAGAAAAAAAUCAAUUGCAUACUAGGAAAGUCUGUUAGACGUUCUUUUGUGAUGUUGUCGAAAGAAACGUGAUGAACAGAAGUGAAUCAUCCAGCAUAUAACAGCCUAUGAGAUGCGCAAAGUGUAAUAAUUUUUUUGCAUCGCGUGCAAUAAUAAGAUUUCAAUAAUCACUAGCGCACCUAAUUCUCUAACAUUUAAAUAAGAUGAAAAUAGAGCACAUUACAUAUUUUGAAUAACGCUACUGUAUUAGAACCGCGGAUGAAUCUUUACUGUAAUUAUGAGCGAUUGGACAUUACACAACACUGUCUAAGACACUGUGUUUCGUAUACACGCGCAGAAUUUCAAUGCUGACGUUUAAUUUGUCAUAUUUAAUUUCUAUAAAAUGAAAAAAAGAUGUAGCAGCAGAAUCGAUAAUUCAAUCCGACGAAUAUAUUAUAAUUUUAUUCUUGUAUACCACUGCUGUACUUUUAUGUUGCUUUAGCUGCAUAGAUUGAACAAAAGAAAAGAAAGCAACAUAUUACUUGUG